GAAUCAUAAUUGAAAAAUCAAACCUGAAGAAAAAGAAAUAUGGAAUACGUGAAGCGCCCACAACCUACCUACGGUACCUUGACCUAUACAACGGAGAAGGGUACCAAAAAGGCCUUGUUGCAGCUGAUCAUCUUUUAUAUCUACUUGACAGCCGUUACCUUGGUUGGCAACGCACUGAACACGCGUCACCAGCAUUAUUUUACAAUGAGCAUACAUCAACUACUUAGAAGAGCUGUAUAUACGUCUAAAAAUACAACUAUAUCUUUCGAUAAGGUAAUUACAAUACCAGAUUUCUGGGAUUAUAUGGAAUUUAUGGUCCUUCCUUUGCUGCAUGGCGUCGUCUAUGAUGAAAGCGUUAAAUGGCAGCCAAGUGUUAUUAGCAAUAGACCAACCUUGUAUGGUCGUUUAUUUCUAAAUGAAAGUUUACUACUUGGAGCACCGAGACUACGACAGAUUCGUGUUAAAACUAACACUUGCCAUGUGCAUCAGGCUUUCGCUCGAUACUAUAACACAUGUAUGGCGGCAUAUUCGGCUGACAAUGAGUUCAAGGAGCCGUUCUAUAAGGGGACUGAGUUCAAAACAAUGGAUGAGCUGAAUGCCUUGCCUAUCCGGGGAAGAGUGCAUACCUAUCACAGCGGAGGGUAUGUGCGACCAUUGUCAUACAAUAAGGAUGUAAAUAUGGGCCUCAUACGACACCUUAAAGAAAUUGAAUGGUUAAAUCGUGGUUCACGGAUCGUUGUGUUUGAAAUUAAUAUGAUCAACUUAAAUAUCGGUCUGCUAAUAGGCACUAAAUUAAUUUUCGAGAUAUUGCCCACCGGUCUUAUAAAUGCAAAAUUUGACUCGGAAUCCAUCUAUUCGAAUCCAGUGAUCACCUCGUCUGGUGGAUUCAUUUUGGGUUGCGCCGUUGUCGUAUAUGUUAUCAAUUUUUAUUAUACCUACGUCGAGAUCAAGAAACUCUAUCUGAAAGGCUAUAAGAAUCUCUUUACAAAACAGGCAGUAUUGAAUAUACCUAGUAUAGUUAUAAUUUAUCUGUCGCUCAUUUAUACAAUCUAUCUCGGUUUUUAUGAGCGCGAAAUCGAUGAGCAGAUCAACGCUGUAACUUACCAUUUUGUUUCAUUGGAUUACUUGAUCCUGACGUAUUCGAUUCAUGAGGAUGCUUUCGGAAUCUUGGUGUUUCUUACCUGGAUGAAUCUGCUUAGGUUUAUGGACUUUAAUCCCGUUCUACGAAACCUUGGCAUUGCUAUGCAAAUCGCUUCAGCUGAGUUGGUGGCCUUUGCCGUCAUGUUCCUCAUUGCGUUUACUGCCUAUGGAAAUCUUGGGCUACUCCUUUUUGGUUCCGAGAACGAAGAUUUUAGAAAUUUUCCAACUGCAUUCUUAACAAUGUUGCGCUUGUUGGUUACUGAUUUCGACUACUUUCAAUUGGAACACGAGUCCCAAAUAUUGGGUCCCAUAUUCUUUCUGACCUACAUAUUGUUGAUAUUUUUCGUUAUAAUGAAUAUAUUCUUUUCCGCUAUCGUAUUAUCAUAUCGAACAGCCACAACGGCGGUUGGCUUACAACCGUCAUUCUUGUGGUAUUAUAUAAGAAAGCAAUUGUUCAGAGUGACUUUUGGGCUUUUCAAGGCACCUCGUUAUCCAGAAUGGGCAGCUGCACAUGAGCUAAACCAGCCGCUCGAUGGAAGCAAGCUUGAAGAAUUGCUUCUCAUUAAGGAAAAUACGGAAAUCGAGUCAGAUCUGGAUUUCCUACUUUCUCGUCUGGAUAUGAUUGAGAACGUGUUUUAUCGUCUUCAUAAUAAUAUUGGAGAUAUAAUAACCGCUGCGAAAAAUGAAAAGAAAAAGACAGAAAAAAUGAAGGCAAAUGAUAAUGCAUGAAACCUUUGCUGUUCUUCUUCGAAUCCAAGAAAAAAGAAUGAAACUGGUUUUGCUCUCAUUUCUCUGAUCGAUCACAUAUUUAGAACAGCUAACAGAUCGAAUA